AUGUCUGAGACCAUAACCAGUCCAAAUGGAACCACUAGCAAUGGGUAUACGAACGAGACGUUUCCCACCGAAUUUGCCAAAAAGAAACUCAUAAAGAAGCAAGUGCUGCAUGCUGCAAUCAAGAAGAAGGCAUGGCUUGCUGGUCACUUAACAACCAUCGUUUUUGGGUCCAUUGCCAUUAUUUUCCAGGCUCUCUGGCUUCCCAACAAGUACUAUAUUAGCUCUAUCUCUUAUAGACUUACUUUAAUUGGUGCAAUGGUGGCAUUGGCUGCUACGUUUUCUCAUAAGUUCGGAUUGAGAAGCUUACCAUCAACUCCAACUUUGAUGUCACAUCAAAACUUCCAAUAUUUGAUCUUAUCAAUUGUGUGGUGUUUCACAUUUAAAUCUGUUUUCAAGUUGUUACCCUUUUUGUUAAUUGCAAUCUUGCAUGUUUCUGAAGAAUUCAAGGUUGAUAUUGUAUUGAAGGAGCAAGACUUUUUGGCCUCUUUAAUUGCCUAUGAUGAAUUGGUACUUAUAGUUUACUUAUUAUUGAGGACUUUGUUGUUCAGAAACACCUCAGGUUUCCAAUUGACCUUAUUCAUUCUGUUCUACUGGUUGAGAAUAUUAUACAACAAGGAAACAGGUAAUUUGUUUAGAGCUUUAAUUGAGAGAUUAGAUGGCAAGGUGCAGGGAGUUAAGAAUCCAAAGGUUUUGAAAGCUUGGAACAAGAGUAAGGCUUACUUGAAGUCCAAGGAAGCAACUCAGCAUUAA